AUGGUAGAUGAAUUGAAAUGGUUGAAUUUAUCGGAUGAUAAAGUGACUGAAACACGAAAAAAUGGCCCACUUACUCAAAAGUUAUCAAAAAUUGUUGCUAUUGCUAAAGAUGAAUUGAAGAUUUCCGGACAAAAUGAUGCAGCCACUAAGCAACAGGGUACGUUAUUAUAUCACGUGGGUACACGUUUGAAAGCUCAGUGCCAACAGCACACUCCACUAAUUGUGCGUCAUGUAAUGAAUGGGAAUAUUCGAACGGAACCACAACUUGUUGCAGCUAUCGAAUACCUGCUUAGUAAUGCUAUGAAUGGAAUAGAUGAGAGGAAAUUUCUGGAUGCAUCCGGUGUAGGUGUUGUUGUCACAGCCGAACAGAUCCAAAAUCAGGUUAAAGAAGCAAUCGAGAAAUUCAAACCAGAAAUUCUAAAACAGCGGUACAGCUUCAAUACUGGAAAAAUAUUGGGUGAAGUAAAGUCGAAACUGAAAUGGGCAGACGGUUCAGCUGUGAAAUGCGAAGUGGAUCUUUGUAUAAUGCUCCUGUUGGGUCCAAAGACAAUCGAUGAUCUUUAUCUCAAAAAGGAAAAGGCAUCUAAAAAUAAACCAGAACAUAUUGCUAUAGGUCGUUCGGAUCCCAUUAUGUGUGAAGAUACUGAAUCGAUUAGUACGCAGACAGAAGAGGAAGCUGUCGACACCAUCGAGGAGUUAAUGCGAAAAAAGACGAUUUUUCACAAAGUUGGGGAAAAUUACAAAACAAGUGGUUAUGUCAUUACGCCAAACACUAUGGAACUUUUGAGGAAACAUGUAGAAGCUGUGAAGGGAAAAGUUGUCACUCGUUUCCCACCCGAACCAAAUGGUAUAUUGCAUAUUGGACAUGCAAAAGCAAUAAAUAUCGAUUUCGGUUAUGCAAAAGCGCAUGACGGAAUUUGUUAUCUUCGAUUUGAUGACACAAAUCCUGAAAAAGAGGAGGAAAAAUUUACGAAAAGUAUUAUCGAGAUGGUAGAAUGGUUAGGCUAUAAACCGUACAAAAUUACGUAUUCAUCAGAUUAUUUUGAUCAACUCUAUGAGUGGGCAGUUGUUCUGAUUAAGAAAGGCUUAGCAUAUGUUUGUCAUCAAGCUGUUGAUGAAAUCCGUGGUUUUGAAGUGACCAUGUCACCUUGGCGUAAUCGCCCAGUGGCAGAAUCUUUGCAACUUUUUGAGGAUAUGCGGCGCGGUAAAUUCAAUGAAGGAGAAGCAACGUUACGAAUGAAAACUAUUUUGGAGGAAGGUAAAGUGGAUCCGAUAGCUUAUAGAAUUAAAUACUGUCGUCAUCAUCGCACUGGAAAUAAAUGGUGUAUUUAUCCAACAUACGAUUUUACUCAUUGUUUGUGCGAUUCGUUAGAAAAUAUAACGCAUUCUUUAUGUACCAAAGAAUUCCAAUCUAGACGUAGCAGUUAUUAUUGGCUUUGCAGCAGUUUGGAUAUUUAUUGUCCAGUGCAGUGGGAAUACGGUCGUUUAAAUAUGAAUUACUCUGUAGUCUCCAAACGGAAAAUCAAAUUAUUGAUUGAUAAUAAAAUUGUGAGUGAUUGGGAUGAUCCAAGAUUGUUUACAUUGACAGCACUCCGACGACGAGGUAUUCCUCCAGAAGCAAUCAAUAAUUUUGUCAUAAAACUGGGACUUACCACAGCACAAGUUUUCAUUGAUCCGCAAGUUUUGGAUGCUACCACACGUGAUUAUUUGAACAAAAGUGCGCCAAGAACAAUGGCUGUAUUGGAUCCGUUGAAAGUAACAAUUGAAAAUUAUGAUGAAUUAUUAUUGCCGUGCAGUUUAUCAGUGCCAGAUUUUCCACAUGACGCAGAUCGCAGUGAACAACAGCAUAUAAUUGCUAUGGAUCGUGUUAUUUUUAUCGAUAGAUCAGAUUAUCGUGAGGGUGAAAAAGCGAGUGAUAAUUUCCAUCGACUGACAAAAAAUAAAUUAGUUGGUUUGAAAUAUCUCGGAGUCGUUAUAUCUCUUACAAGGGAAUUAAGGAACGAGAAUAAAGAGAUAACAGAGUUGACGGUGAAAGCGUCAAAACUUACUCACGAGAACAGACCAAAGGCAUAUUUGCAUUGGGUGGCGAAUCCAGCUCAUUGUCAAGUUCGAAUAUACGAACGGCUAUUUCGACAUAAAAACCCAGAAGAAGUUCCCACUGGCUUCAUAUCAGAUUGUAAUGAGAAUUCGUUGCGCAUUUUGGAACCAGUUUAUAUUGAUAAAUCGAUUUCGAACUCGAAGGUCUAUGAUCGAUAUCAGUUUGAAAGAGUUGGAUUUUUCUCCGUGGAUCCAGACAGCACGUCUGAUAAGCUUAUAUUUAAUCGUGUGGUGGAUUUGAAGGAAGACAGCGUAAAGAAGCAAUUGUGA